GCAACUUUCUAGCAUUGACUAUUAAAAUAGCGUAGUUGCAAGUAUAACUAUAAGACAACGAACUACAUUCGACACGAUUGAUCGGCGAGAAAAAUGAUCGGAUCUUAUGUUCAAAACAAUAAUCGGCGGCAACAAUAGAAACACUGGUGUAUUACUUUGUACAGAAUGUCGGAUAAAAUCAGUUAUGAUCCUGCAUUGACAAAACUGUGGGAAGUGAAAAGAGAGGCAGAAAAAUUAGGACUCCCGGAAACCAUCAUUUCGGGUCUACAAGCUGUUGAGGAUCUAUUUGAGGCAAGAGAAGCAUACUGUGAUGGUAAAACGUCAGAACCAAGUGAUGCUAUAUCAAAACUUAUGAAAGAAACGAUGGAACAUCCAUGGCAACAGAUGUUUAAUGAAGGAAAAACAAAAUGGAAGAUAAGUACCAGGAUGUUGUCGGGAAAUCUUGAAGGCUACAUUCUCAAAUUUUUAGUCAGUGCAUCAAAAGCUAAAAGAGUUUUAGAAGUUGGAAUGUUUACUGGUUGUGGCGCCCUCGGUAUGGCGGAAGUAAUGCCAGACGACGGGAGGGUAUUGACCUGUGAAUUUGAUCCAUACUUGGUGAAAUUAACUAGAACAUUGGUGGACAAGUCCCCGCACGGAAAAAAGAUAACUAUUCUUGAAGGUCCUGCAUUAGACAGUUUAAAUGACCUUGGCAAGAAAGGAGAGAAAUUUGACUUCAUCUUUAUAGAUGCGGAUAAACCGGGUUAUUGUGACUAUUUUAAUGUAUCGAUAAAAGACCUUCUAGCACCAGGUGGUACUAUCGCUCUGGACAACGCAUUACACUAUGGAAAACCGUAUUUAAAAGACUGUCCUGACGACGAACCAAUCAAAAGGUUUAACGAUAUGCUAAUGACCAGGAAUGAUGUUUAUCAUGUGUUAAUGCCAGUAAGAGAUGGAAUAAUGCUUGUAAGGAGAAAGGAAGAUAUGAACGGAUGAAGAUUUCUCAAGUCAGAUGUGAAGUAAUUGAUUGAGCCAAUACAGUUCCAUGAUAACUUAUACUCGCAUUACCUUUUUAAAAAUGUUAUCACAUAUACAUUUGUUCUAGAUUUAAUUAAUCAGUAUGCACAUAAUGUAGCUGUAAAUUUGUGGAGUAUUUUAUAAUUAUUCUACAAUAUUUUGAAUAUAUCUUAUCAAAUCAG